AUGAACAACAUUAACGCCGUGACGGCGGGUGCAGGUGGCGCAGGGGGGCCAAUGCAGCAGGGACCGAACAUGAAUAGCAGUAUGAACAAUUGCAAUCAGGUGUUCAUGAACAUGGGCUCGAAUGCGCCGUCGUCGAAUACGAAUUCUCAAGUGGGUCUGGGUGGAAACAUGAUGAACAACCCGAUGAACAAUUUCGGAACAAAUAGCAACAGUACGAUGCUGAUGGGUCAAACGAUGUUGAACAACGCAGGUGGAGGCUCGCAACAAACACUUAACAACAUUUACGGUGUUGACACAUCACGUUUUGGAUGAAGAAGAUCAAUGACCAAUUAUAGUAAUGUUCUAGUUUGUGUUCAGUUGAUUCAUCUCGCCACCAGGCAUCAUAGGCAUCAUAGAAUUCUUUAUGGAGAUAGUUUAUUAUCUUUAGUAUCUACCUUCAUGCGGCGCUUAAUUCGUUUUAGCAGAUAGGAGGAUACUUGGUGAUAAUUACCCUUUUCUCUUUUCUAUCUUCCUCUGGUCUUUCUUUUUUCUAGUCAGGUCUGCUCCAACACAAUUCAAUAUCUACCUUCACUUUCGCUAAUAACUUCUUGUUUAUCAUUAUCUUCAUAUUUGAUUAACAGCAAGCUGCAGCUCGAAGUCAUUUACAUUUUCCUAGUACCUUCAUUGUGCGCCACAUGGGAACAACCCUGGCGCUGGAAUGGCACAAUUGGCAGGUACAAAUAUGAGUAAGGGUUUCAGCGCUCCGCCAACAAUGACCUCGGUUAUGACGACAGCCUCUAUGAAUCAGACAGGUAUUGGAGGUAACAUGUCGAUGUCAAGCGGGCAGUCUUCACAAACGGGAACGACUACAGGUGGACAUCAGAUGAACAAUAUGAACUCGACGAUGUCAGGAGCAAUGUCCUCCUCAAUACAACAAACCACCUCCGCAUCUACCGCCGGACUAGUCAACAAUAUGCUUCCACCUACUAGUACUUCUACCGCAAAUGGUCUACUUUCGUGUACUUCUGCGAGUCAUGGUGGCGUGAUUCCACCUGGUUGUGUCGGUGCUGCUGGUUUAGUACCUUCUGGGCAACAGCAGCAGAACAAUAAUGCGGGGUUCUUACUGCGAACUACGUCUCAAAGUAGUGGUAUGAGUGGUCCACCACAGAUGAUGAACAACCCUGGACAACCGGGUAAUGUUAACGGAGCUGCUGCGCCAUCAAGUAGUGGUAACAACUUCAACAAUAUGGCAA